AGAAUUGAGCCUUGCUGGCCACCGUAAUGUCCCCAUCGCACUGUUGACAGCCUCCCCCUCUGACUGGCUAAGCAUUGCGGCACUGGCCCUGCGUCUCCAGGAGGCGGCGCUGCUGAGAGGCGACAGGAGGAGGAGGAGGAGGAGGAAGAAGAAGAGGAGGAGGAGGAGGAGGAGGAGGUCGGAGCUGAGCGUGUGUGUCUGCCGAGGCGACCAUGGAUGACUUCACCACCAGGACGUACGGCACCAGCGGCCUCGACAACAGACCUCUGUUCGGGGAAACGUCGGCACGGGACCGAAUCGUCAACCUGGCAUUGGGGGGAUUUACGUCUUUGGUUGUUUUAGUUACGGUGAUCAGCUCGUUUGUUUUCCCCUCGCUGCCGCCGCGACCGCUCAACGUCUUCUUCGCGGUGUGCAUCCUGUUAGCCUGUGGAUCCACCAUAGUGCUGAUAUUCUGGUACCGGCAGGGCGAUCUGGAGCCUAAAUUCAGGAACCUGAUCUACUACAUGCUGGCGUCCAUCGUGCUGCUGUGUCUAUGUGCCAACCUCUACUUCCACGACGUCAGGUAAAGGCAAGGGAGCGAGGAAGAGGAGGAGGAGGAAGGAAGGAAGAAGAAGAAGAAGGGAAGACAUGGGGCGACAAAGAGAGAAAGAGAAAGACCGUCCAAUAAAAAGACACAUAUAUAUAUAAAUAUAUAUAUACGACCAAAUCAAACUAAAAAACUCAUCUCACACUAACUUGAAUGACUGGCAGCAGACUGGAGACUCUCGGACCAAAAGAAAAGAAAACCAGUGAGACUUAAUGGUUCCAGUGGGAUGAAAACUGUCAGACUCGUUUGUUUCGGUGCUGAACACACGAUGAAGAAGAUGCAGAAUCACAACGUGGUGUUUAAACGAGGAGGCGAGGAGCGCUUACAACUGAUGAUGGAGCAACACGUUAAAGGAAGAAUCUGCCCUCUUGUGUCUUUUACAUGUUUUUCUUUUCUUUUCAACUUUCGGAUGAACUAUAUUUAUAUCUUUAAACAUCCGUCAGAAAGAGAGAGGGCUCCGAAAAUAUUGUUAUAAGAACCAAAUGUUCCCUCAAAACUUCAGAUAAAACAGCGUCUCUCUUUUUUAACAAACCUGCUUGUGUUAAAAAAAUAAGGAAGAAGGUGCGUUCAGGUACACUCUGUAAUUCAGAAAACAUCACCAAAUUAUUCACCAUAUCCACAAUUAUUUUGGUUAUAUUCUUAAUGAAUUAAUCAGUUGUUUGUCCGCAAAUGUCUCAAGAUGAUCAGAAAGGAAAACCAGAAAAUAUUCACAGUGAAGAAGAUGUAAAAUCAGAGAAUUUGGACGGUUUUCUUUUUAAUUUAACAGUCGGCAACUUAAUCGUUUAAUCUACAAAAUAACUGAAGCUACACAAACUUUAAGUCCCCAAAUUUUUUAGCUAAAUUCGAGGCGUCAAACUUGAGCUGAACUUAUAUAUUUAUCGCAGCUGAUGUUGAGAAAUGAGACAAGAAACCUGCCUCACAGUAAAUUAAAGUUAAAGUUAAGGAUUAUUUUAUUAUCAGGUAAUUAUAUUUCAACGAUUAAUCGAUUUAAUAAUCUGGUUUAAAGUGACGUCUUUAAAUGUCUUAUUUUGUCCGACCAGCAGUCAAAACCUCAAAAUGUUGAAUCAACAGUUUCUUUUCUAGCAUUUGAGUCUUAAAUUAAGGAAUAUUUGAUGUUUUUUUGCUUGUUAAUGAGUCAAAACAGGACAAUAAGUUUAUUAUUAAAGGUACGUUACACCUAUUUGAAGCUUUUUUUAAAGUGGAGCUUGUGGUUGACAUUACGAGUUUACAGAGACGACCUGAAUGCACCUUGUGUGUGUGUUUGUGUGUGUGUGAUUGAAUGUGUGAGUGCGUGCAUGUGUGUGUGACAUCAUCAUGACGCUGUCGGUGAACUCCUCUGUGCACCGUUUUGAUUUAGGAGGAGGAAGAGGAGGAGCUCCAAAACUGUCAUCAUCAUCAUCAUCAUCAUCAUCAGCUGCUUUGGAUCCUCAAGGCCACGUUGGACUCUGGUGGAUCCUCUCUCUCUCUUUUUUUCUCUCUCUUUCUCUCUCUUUUUCCUCUUUUUCUUCUUUCUUUCUUUUUGUUGUGACUCUCUCCAUAACUGACGAUUAUUACAUUUUUCUUUUUUGACAUUAAUGUUUUUUUGCUCUCAAACUGAAUCACACGAGUCUGUUUUCACAUGUUUUAAACUUUUUUAACGGGGCGGAUUUUUCCUUUAACCAGGAGGAAUAUUAACACAGAGUGAAGCAGAACUAGGAGGUGAUGAACCUUCCUCCUCCUCUUCCUCCUCCUCCUCUUCCUCCUCAGUACUGUAGACUGUAGCUGACAAAAACAGCAUCAGGGGCUUCGUGGCAAAUAUAUGCAACAGUUUUUCUUCUUGUCUUCCUCUCGCUGCUGCUGCUGCUGCUUUUUCCUCCUUUUUUUCUGCUUUUGCGGCUUUUCUGACGUCUGAUGGUCGAGUUUAAUUCCCAAAAAUCAAGCCUCAACUUUAAGAGGAUUAUUUUUUCUUUUGUUUUUUAGAAACUCAUUUAAAUUUAAAAUGCUGAAUCACACUGACUGACUACCAAUUAUUGCACUAGCUGAAUUUAUACACAUUUUUUGUCUAAGCCAUAAACACACACACACACACACACACACACACACACACACUCUCAGGCUCGGCUGUAGCACCAGUAAAAAUGAGCAGGAGCGUUUCUUUUCUUCCUCGUGACUUUACACACUGAAGCACAAUUUUUUUAACGUAUCUACAAUCUAAAUAAUCAGAAGAAAAAAUAUUUUUGGUGUUUUUUUUUAAGGGUCUAUUAAAGCUCAGCAGCAGGAUUACAGGGUUAAAAACAACAACAACACUCUGAAGUCUAAUUUAGCUGCUUCAGUUAAAGGAAAAACACACCAAACAUACAACAUGCAAUUAAAUAAUAAAUAUAUAUUAUAAUAAUAAAAACAAAAAAGGCACCUCAGCACUUAAAGUGGAUGUAUUGGACCAAAAAAAAAAAAAAAAGGUUUUCUUGAUUGAAUUGCCUGGUUAAAAAUGUUUAAACAAAAAAUAUAUAUAUUUAAUUAACUUAUUAUAGAAAAGACAAAGAAACACGGCAGAUAUUCACUUUUUUGCAUUAUUAUAAAAAAUUAAAAAAGGCUUAAAUCAUUUAGUUUUUCUGUCAAUUUACUAAAAUUUAAGCAGUACAGCCAAGAAGUCAUUAAAUAUUACCUUUUAUAAUCAUAUUUAUCACAUUUAUAUAAAUAUAUAUAUAUUUAUCUGCACCAAUCAAACUUCAGGUUAAUUCAUGCAAACUGUCCAAAGAAAACUAAACUCACAUUUAUUAAUUAUUAGAUCUUAAAGGAAGAGUCCGACUUUUUUUUCUUUUUCUUUUUCUUUAGUCUCUCUCAACAAUUUCUGACUUAAAUAACUCACAAAUAAAUUUCCAUAAAUAGUUUUUGGGGCACGCUUAAAUUCAUCGUUAAGCUUUCGGUCUUUUCAUGGAAAAAAAAAAAAGAAUAAUGUUGGACUUUUCAUUUAAUGUCGUCUCUUUAUUUAAAAAAACAACAAUGUUAAACUUGCUGUGUGACGUCACCAAAAACAAGAUUUUUUUCGGGGUGUUGAAUUUCAAACUGAAGUGUAGCUUUGAAGACAUUUUUUUUACUAUUUCUCUCUUUUUUCUUUCCUUCUUUCUUUGCUGACUGUAGCUUUGCUCGUUUACAGAUGACCUGCAUCAGUGGACGUACGGUAAAAACUGACAGCGACUGUUAAACACAAAAAGCUUCGUGCUAAAACAAACUGCGGGGGGGGGGGG